GUCUCUGUCUCCACAGCGGGCGGGAUAUCCGCAUUAGUAAGAUAGCUAAUAACAUGGCGAAGACUUACGAUUACUUGUUUAAACUACUUUUAAUCGGCGAUUCAGGCGUCGGGAAGACCUGUGUGCUAUUCAGAUUUUCAGAAGAUGCCUUCAACUCAACGUUUAUCUCCACUAUAGGUAUUGAUUUCAAGAUCAGAACAAUAGAAUUAGAUGGAAAGAAGAUCAAGCUACAGAUAUGGGAUACAGCAGGACAAGAGAGGUUCAGGACCAUCACAACAGCAUACUACAGAGGAGCAAUGGGCAUUAUGUUAGUGUAUGACAUUACCAAUGAGAAGUCCUUUGACAACAUCAAGAACUGGAUACGGAAUAUAGAAGAGCAUGCCUCAGCAGAUGUGGAGAGGAUGGUCCUUGGGAACAAAUGUGACGUCAAUGACAAGCGACAGGUGUCCAAAGACAGAGGAGAGAAGCUGGCGCUAGAGUACGGUAUCAAGUUCAUGGAGACCAGUGCAAAGGCGAACAUCAAUGUUGAGAAUGCCUUCAUGACCCUUGCCAGAGACAUUAAAGCAAAGAUGGACAAGAAGCUGGAGGGCAAUAACCCACAGGGCAGCAGUCAAGGAGUAAAGAUUACAGAACAACCCAAGAAGAGCAGUUUCUUCCGCUGCACGCUCCUGUGAGGAGACGGGAGUCUCGGCAUCCACCAUCGCCUUAACUGUGUCCCCCACUGGACAGAACUGGACAGAGCACACUCUGAGUUUUCUUCACUUCUCUUCCUGCUUCUCUUUAUCUCUGUUCGGAAAGUUUAUCGCACUCUUGGUUCCCUCGACAACUGUGAAUCUAACUACUGUGGCCUCUGUUAGAUGCUAACUCUUUUUUUUUUUUUUAUGGUUGCUCAUUAGAUUCCAACUUAAACCCUUUAGAUUUUAUUGACUUUUAAAGACUGCCUCCUCGUGAGACAAUAGAGACGAUCAAACCUGUCUGAUUCCUAGAUUUCACCUCUUGUUGGUGUCACUUGGUGAGGUCCUAAUUAUUCGAUUCUUAUCACUAAAAGUAGCCUAAACUAUACUUCCACGAAAGGCUUUCUGGUCCAAUGGGCUUCCUAAUUUUGAAUAUACUCCAUAUGUUGAAUAAUGUGAUAUAGUUAUCCACGGGGAUGAGAGUACAGGCCACAUUUGUGUACUGACUGGUUGGCUUAGACUUUUAUAUAUCCACAUUAGGUAAAGGCAACAUGUAAAUAUAUAUCACUGAUUAUGAGUCACCAUUUGAAAGGGUAGUGCCAGCGCAUUUUACUCAUCAUAUCAACAUUGGGGUUAACAUGUCCAUCUUUUCUACUGGUGUCUUUCUUUAUUUCUUAGGCUGAAACAUUCCUCUUGUGAACACUUUAAUGUGCAAUGUAAUGUGUAUGUGGCCCAGAUUUUCUUAAGUAUUCACACAGUUGCAGUAAGACUGGGUUCUUGGCAAAUUAUACUUGUUUUAAGGGCACACCGAUUCCUUUUGUAGUUGCUUGUCUUAUCAUUUUAGGUAUUGCAAUUUCUAUGGUUAAGAUGAGAGGUGAUUGGUGGGAGGUAGAUGUUUUUUUGAUGCACUUGUGCUGGUCGACGAGCAAUACCUAACUUUGACACCUGGAGGCAAUACAGUUCCACAGUGGUGGGACAGAAGGAAUCACAGCAAUGUUGUUUAUGCAUUCAUACGUCUUCUUGUUGUUAGUUCCAAUGGGGGAACAUGUACACAGCCGUUUUCUGGGCCUUGGAUGGGAGCUGUGCUGUAGCAGUAUUUAUGGAGUUAAACAAAACAUAGCACCAAAAUGACAAAGUGCCCUUUUAUGUUCUUAUUGAUUAUUAUGCACUUUUCCUUUUGUUCUUUCUGUAAAAAACGUUCUUAACAUGUGUUGACUGUGUUUAACUGAAAAGCAAAGAAUAUUCAUGCACAAGUUUUCCAUGUACCCUAUCUGGGCUUCCUAAAGACAUCUGAGCACUGAAACCUUGUCUUUUAAGUUCGUAUAAUGAAAAUAUACAGCAGGCCUUUGAUUUAGAGAUGUUUUCCCCCAGUACAACAUUCCAAUUAAUUGAUAUUUCUCUUUUUCCAGCUUUUUAUGCAUUCCCAUUCCCAUUGAUGCUUUUGGAACCCCAGAUGCACCCAUCCCUCACCCACCUAGUCUCUCUCUUGUUCCCCCCCUCUCUCCAGUUACCCCAUGUCUUGUUUUGGCCCAGUAUUAUGGCCAUCUGAACUAUGCAUUCUGGGUGCGUAGAAAACCUCAAAAAGCUUUGCACAUUUGACUUGACAAGCUUUAUUUGAGAUUAGAAAUGUGCAAAGGAUUCUUGCUGUUUUAUUUUCUGCUGUCACUCCAAAUUCUAUUGUAUUUGUUCGAGCUGUUCAGACGUAAGAAUAGGAAAUUUAUUGAAAACUGACAAAAAUCCCCUCUGACGUUUCACAGCGAGAGGAAAUUAUUUCUAGCAGUGGUGAGUCAUUUAAUUGAAUCUGUAACUGCGUCGGUGUUAACCUGUGGAUUUAUAUCGUUAACAUGGUUGGACUUUUGGCACAAUUUUGGUUGAACUGGCUCUUAGAUUAGGUCAAAUCAUGACUUGAAUUUGAAUUCAAUCUGUAAAAUGAGCUUAAUUCUUUUGAUUCUCCCCAACUAUGAAUUUGUCAGGUCUCUGUUGACAUAUCUUCAGCAUUCCCUAACUAAAUUUGGAUUUCGUUGCUGAUUGAUGUAUUUCAUGGGGAAUCAACUAAAUAAUUCAGCAAUUGUAAAUAAGAUCUACAAUGAUUGUACUGAAGGUUCAUAAAUCUUAUUGAUCUACACGUUUUGUAGAUAUGUUUUGAUGAUUUAUUAAAAAUGAGAUUCUUAAAAAAUA